AUGAAAACGGGAGACGAUAUCAUGCUUACAAGGACGGUGCUUACUGGUACUAUAAUCGCGCGACUUUCUACCGACGUAUGUACGGGAGGCGAGGUCAACAAGCACUCAAACAUUCUAACAGUACCCUAUAGCCAUCAUAUGUUCACAAUGCUUCUCGGAAACAAACUGUGUCUGGCCCCUAUCUCUGACGAUGUCCAGAGAGUGCUCGACAUCGGUACUGGAACGGGGAUAUGGGCCAUUGACUUUGCAGAUGAAUACCCCUCCGCAGAGGUCAUUGGAACCGAUCUUUCACCAACUCAGCCCAGCUUUGUUCCGCCAAACCUUCAGUUCGAGAUCGACGACGCAGAAGAUUCAUGGGCAUACCCCGAGAACCAUUUCGAUUUGAUCCACGUGCGUGCACUCUACGGGGCGAUUUCCGACUGGCCAGCGUUCUAUCGCAACGUGUUGAUCGGUCUACGGCCCGGCGCAUGGUUCGACCAACUGGAGAUGUCGAUCCAGUUCAGAUCGGAUGACGGCACCGUGACCUCCGACCACAUCCUGGCAGAGUGGUCACGUAUAUUCAUCGAGGCAGGAGAGAGGUUCGGCAAAACGUUUCGCAUCGCCGACUUAGCCCGCCAACACAUGAUCGAUGCAGGAUUUGAAAAUGUAACCGAGCGGCGAUUCAAACUCCCUGUUGGUCCUUGGAGUAAUGACGAGCACUACCGACAGUUGGGAAGGUGGAAUCUGCUGCAUUGCGAGCAGGGCAUUGAAGGAUGGUCCAUGGCACUGCUCACCCGUGUGAUGGGGUGGAGCUAUGAGGAAGUGCAAGUAUUCUUGGCCAAGAUGAGGAAGGGAUUGCGCGACUACUCCAAGAUCCAUGCCUAUUUCUACGUGUAA